AUGGAGAAUCCAACCAAGCCAUCACAUCGGCUGCCCGAAGAUGAUGGCAUGGGUACUUUGCGGAAGCGGCUUCUCGCCCUUCAAGCCGAAGACCUCCCCUGCGACGACAAAGCCCGUUGCAUGCAUGAAAUAAUGUUGGAAGGCUAUCAUCUCUCGCAGCAGAUGACGCCCAACCCGCAGCCCACGAGCCCGACCAUCACCGCAUCGUCCAACAGCCCCAGCAGCCCGCCCGCCAGCGCCAAGGCCUGGAAGCAAACCAUCCCCGUCAGCACCCUCGAGUCGCUCAAGUUCUGGCAACACCCGCCAGGCGAAACCCCGCCCGCCGAACAGUUCGUCCUGACCGCCGAGGACGUGCAGCCGACGUUUGCGACCGUAAAGAGUCCCAAAGACACCACACCCGAGGCGGAGCAGGAACGGCCUCUCGGCUGCAGGCAUUACCGCCGCAACGUCAAGCUGCAAUGUUCGACCUGUGGGAAAUGGUACACUUGCCGCUUCUGUCAUGACGCGGCCGAAGACCACAGUUUGAUCCGGAAAGACACGAAGAAUAUGCUCUGCAUGCUCUGCGCCUACCCUCAAAAAGCCGGCGAUACCUGCGUCAACUGCGGCGUGGGCACGGCUCGCUAUUAUUGCAACGUCUGCAAGUUGUGGGACGACCAUCCGGACAAAAAGAUAUACCACUGCAAUGACUGUGGUAUCUGUCGGCGCGGCAUGGGCCUGGGCAAAGACUUUUUCCAUUGCAAGAAAUGCUGCGCAUGCAUCUCAAUAUCGAUUCAAGUUUCCCACAAAUGUAUCGAACGAUCCACGGACUGCGACUGUCCCAUAUGCGGGGAAUACCUGUUCACCUCGCCGAAUCCAGUCGUAUUCAUGGUCUGUGGCCACAGCAUCCAUUCGAAAUGCUAUAAUGAACAUAUGAAACGGUCGUACAAGUGCCCGAUCUGCAACAAGAGCUUGCUUAAUAUGGAGAGCUACUUCCGACGCCUGGAUCUAGACAUCCAGAGCCAGCCGAUGCCUCCCGAGUUCCGGUCAACGUCGGCCACGAUCUUGUGCAACGACUGCAGCGGCAAAAGUACUGUGCCUUACCACUGGUUAGGUCUCAAAUGCGCCCUCUGCCGUUCGUACAACACGGCAGAGAUACGGAUCGAUAGUAACAGCAAUACCGACACUGGCACUGGCAGCGGCUCCUCGGUCGAGCGGAGUGCCGUUUCUCCAGACCAAGCAUCAUCGGCUUCCCAAGGCGCCCAGGGACCAGUCCAAUCGCAAGCCGCGGCCGAAGUUACGGUUUCCGUGCCAAUCGAAACGACGGGACAGUCAGCGAGGAGGCGGCAUUCCAGCCAUGCGAACCCCGGCAUAGGUGUUUCGGGAGUGAGAGCAGUCGUCCCAGACCGUCUGGCCAGGUCAGCGUCCCCUCCACUUGCCCCAGGCAUGGGAAUGAGGGCAUCCGCUACGACAUACAACAUCCUAGCUGAGGAUUCUGAGGACGACACGGAUGAGGACAUGCUAGGCCUGUGGGUCCAUCGCCUCCACGAGUCCUCCUCCGACGAGGUGGAGUCUUUGUCAGAAGAAUCGGAGAUUGAAGAGGAAGACGAAGAUGAGGAGGAAGACGACGAUGACGAAGAUGAUGAUGAUGAUGACGACAACGAAAUUGUACUUAUUGGACACCGAUGA